AUGACGACGAGGAAUGUACUGCUCUUCCUGGGGCUCACUGGGUUGAGCCUCCAGGAGCCAGACAUAUUGAAGGACUUCUGCAGACUCUGGGGACACCAGACCGCGGUAAUCGAUCGCAAGCUCUUCAUCGACGGCGGCUUCGUGAACUAUAACCCUCUGAGCGAAUACCCCGACAAUGCAACCAAUACCGCCCUGCUCUAUGCGGACUUCGAUGUCAACAAUCAGGGGAUGCCGGCCGUCUACAACAAUCUGACAAAACCCGCCGAUGCGCCCGAUGUGAACGGAGGAAUUCUGUGGCCCGACACCGUCAACAAGAUGAUCUAUCUCUACGGCGGCGAGUUCGACCAAGCUUCCCCGGGCAACUUCUCGCUGUGGUCGUACGACGCUCUCUACAACCAGUGGAACACCGUCACCCCCGAUUCCUCACAGGCGGGUAUCAAACGGGCCAGCUACGGCGCUGGAGUAACGUUGCAAGAUCGUGCGGCUGGCUUCUACUAUGGCGGAUGGCUAUCGAACGCGUCGGUCCCGAAUUGGGGAUCGCAGCGCCCCAAGGCCUUGUCGACGAUGCUGCAGUACAACAUCCUGCAGAAUACGUGGACGAAUUCAUCCGGUCCCGACACGGUCGGCCGUGCGGAAGGGGCCAUGGUGUAUAUCCCAGCAAGUGAAGGCAUGUUGGUGUAUAUCGGAGGCGUGCAGGCUGCCAAUAAUGGCACCACCGUUGGCCAGCCCAUGGAUGAGAUUUUGCUCUACGACAUCUCAGGUAGUAAGUGGUACACUCAAAAAGCGACCGGCGACGUCCCAGAGCGACGGAGGAGAUUCUGUGCCGGUGUCACCUGGGCGGAAGACCAUUCAUCCUAUAACAUAUAUCUCUACGGGGGCAUUGGCGCUCUAGGAGGUGUUGGCUUCGAUGAUAUUUACAUUCUGUCCAUGCCCUCCUUCAAAUGGAUCAAAUGGUUUCCUGCCGGGCCCGGCACCGGUUAUCCUAAGCAUUCCAUGUCCUGUACUGUUGUAGAUGGGGCCCAGAUGCUUGUUAUGGGCGGCACGCAGCCCAACUCCACGGACUGUGAUGUGCCUCCGAUAUACGGAAUGCAUAACAUGUACCUGGGCAAACAAAAUCCGGAAGAUGCGAUGUGGGCAAUGUUCCGAUCCAACCUCACGAGCUACGAGGUUCCGUCCGAGAUUAUCUCUACCAUUGGGGGAUCCGCCACCGGGGGCGCCAAUACCACUCAGCCUUCCGGCGGCUUCGAUAACCGGGACCUUGCCGUUUUCUUUUCGCGCACAUAUACCGCACCAACCCGCUCACCCACCCGCACGAUCCCAACACCAUCCUCGGGGUCAUCUGGUGGCUCUAAGCGGGUAGGCGCCAUUGUCGGGGGCGUCAUCGGCGGCGUCGCGGGGGUAUCAAUCCUGGCUGCCCUGCUGUUCUUUUACCUACGGAGAAAGAAGAAGAGUGUACCGACCGAAGAGGACCAACCGCAGCCACAGCAAGACACAAAAGAUCCGGCCCUUGCGGGAGCCAGCGGACCGGAUGAACAUAGGAGAAGCGAGCUGUCGGCAGGAUACCCCGGGCAACAGGAAGGCAUCAGAAGCGAAUUGCCUGCGGAAGUCGUUGCGCAACGACAAUCGGCGAGAAGCGAGCUAGGAAGCCCGGCCCUUGUAGAGUUAGAGGGCGACACGGCGCCAUACUCACCCUCCUCACCCACCUCGCCUCCUGGCUCUCCACUACCAUCUCAUCCCCUUGUCCCUGUUUCUCCACAACGCGGAUCGGCUCCAACAUCAUGA